GCUCGCUUUUUUCUUAGACCGGCACUGAGGGCACGGAAAGUUAUACGGUACCGACCCUGCAAAUUGCAGGCAUCAAGUAGACCCAAUAGUUGUUUCUACAGCUAGACACAACUGCAUAAUGGCUCCAGGAGCCCCCAAAACAGCGCCGGGCGCGGGCACAUCUGCAUACGUGGCGCAGCAGAACCCGGGCUCGGCGGACGCGGCCCAGCAGUCGCCGGGGGCCGCUGCGGACGUCGGCGAUGAGGCCGGCAACCUGGCCGCUGGCGAUGGAUUGGCGCUGGCCCCGCCGCCCGAGCUUGGCGGCCCCGCCACGUCAUCCUCCUCGGGUCUCGGGCUCAUGCCGCGCAUCGGCGAGGACGACGCCGCCGCCGCCGCCGGCGCCGCCGCUGGGGUCCUGGAGGAGGAGGAUGCGGGUGCCGACGGCGCCGACGAUGUCAGCAGUGGCGGCGGCGGCGGCAGCGGCGACCUGCCGUCGGCCGCCGCCGCCGCGGCGGCGGCUGUGCCGCUAGACACCGCGGCUCUGUCGGCGGCGGCGGCGGAGGUGCUGUCAGAGCUUGACGCCGCCGCCGCCGCCGCCGCCGCCGCUGGCGCUGGUGCUGGUGCUGGUGCUGGUGCUGGUGCUGAUGCCGGAGCCGUCAGCGCUGCGUCAGCGCAGGACGCGGCCAAGCCAGGUGCCGAGGCCGGCGGGGCGGAGGCGAAGGGCAUGUCAGAGGAGGCGGCGGUGGCGGCGGCGGCGCGGGCGACGGAGCUGCUCGCCAAGGCAGCGGCGGCGGCGGCGGCGCUGCCGGUCGCGGAGCCGCCCGCUGCCGCCGCCGCGGAGGGCGCUGGCGGCGCCACCCAGUCAGCGGAGUCGGCCGCAGCCGCCGCGUCUGCUGCCUCGUUCCCCGCCGCCGAGGCCGCGGCUGCAGCGGAGGGGUGCGCGCUGGUGGUGGCGUUGAGUCGGGCGGGGCGCGCGGCGCCGCUGCAGGGGCCGGGCUGCGGCGCGGCGGUGGCGCUCAUGAGGCUGGGCGGCUGCGCGGCGCUGGCGGACGCGGCCCGGGCAGCCGCGUACGACGCCCUGGGGGCCCUGUGCCGCUCCACCGCCGCCGGCAGUAGCAGCAGCGGUGCUGGUGGCAGUAGCAGCAGCAGCAGCAGCAGCAGCAGUGGCAGUAGCAGCAGCGGCGCCAAGUCGGCACGUGCCGCCGCCGAGGCCGCUACAGCCGCCGACCCCGCUCUCAACCGGGCGCUGGUGGAGGCGCUGCGGCGCUGGGGCGUGGCGGCCGCUGCUACAGCCGGCCCCACUGCUGCUACAGCCGCCGCCGGCGCUGCUACAGCUGGGCCUGCUGAGGCGGCCGCCCGCGCCGCCGCCGCGCUUCGCGCCGUCGUGGCUCUAUCCGCCUCCGCCGCACCGCUGGCGGCGCUACUGCGGGCUCGCCUGCUCAGCGCCCUCGCUGCCAUGCUGGCGGCGGCCAUUGCUACAGCCGCCCCGUCCGCCGCUGCGGCAGGCGGCGGUGCUACAGCCUCGGCGGCGGCUGCGGCGGCUGUGGCGCUGCCGCUGCAGCGCAGUGCGGCGGCGUUUCUGUCGGGCUUGUCAGCACACGGGCCGCUGAGCAAACCCAUGAUGUCGGCGGGCAUCCACGUGCUCGCGGUGCGCCUGGCCGCCAGCGCCCGCGCCCCACCCUCGCUGCGCGAGGCGGGGGCGGGCAUCAUCGCAAACCUGUGCCUGGGGCCUGCUACAGCCGCUGCUACAGCCGCUGCCGCCGCGGGCGCGGCUACUGCCAACCCGGCGGCGCAAUCGGCUCUGGCGGCGGAGGGCGCGGGCGGUGCCAUCGCGCGCAUGUUUGCGCUCCGAAACGUGUCGGCCCUGUGCGCCGCCUGCGACGCGCUGUCCAACCUCACACUGGGUGGCGCGCCCGCCGCCCAAGCCACCGCCGCGCCCGCCGUGCCGCCGCUGGCUGCUCUGCUGGCGUCUGGGCUGGGGCCGGGGGGGCAGCCGCUGGUGCUGGCGGUCAAGGGCGCGAGGGCGCUGGGGAACGCGUGCAUGGGGCAUGCGGCCAACCAGGCGGCGGCGCUGCAGGCGGGUGUGGUGCCGGUGCUGGCCGCCUGGCUGUCUAGCGGCAGCGGUCCGCUGCUGCGCGCGGCGGCGGCCGCCCUCGCGAACCUGUGCCUGCACAACGGCGAGUUGGUGGCGGCGGCGGUGGGCGGCGGCGUACUCGGGCCGCUGCUGCAGAUGAUCAUGAUGACACCCGGCGGAGGCGCUGGCGGCGGGGGCGCUACAGCCGCUACAGCCGCGGCGGCGGCAGAGCCGGCGCUGCAGCCGCUUCAGGCGGCGGGGGGUGGUGGUGGUGGUAGUGCGGACAAGGGCAUGGCGGCGGUGGCGGUGGCAGCAUCUGGCGACGAGUCGGAGACAUCGGCGGCAGCGGCGGCGGCGGCUGCAGCUGAGGGCGCUGCGGCCACACCCACCACCCCCACGCCCCCAGCCGCCGCCCCCACACACGUGCUCCCCACGGAUCUGUUUGAGAGGGCGGCGGCGCUGCUGGGCGUGCUGACGGCGGCCAGCCCCGAGCUGCGGCAGCAGCUGCUGAGGCAGAGCGGGCUGCUGCGGCUGCUGGUGGGGCGGCUGGCGGCGGCGGGGGGCGGCGCCACGCCGGGUGGGGCCUCCCACUGCCUGGGCAGUGUGGUGAUGGGUCAGCCGGCGCUGCAGUCCGCACUGCUACAGCUGAACGGCAGCAGCAGCAGCGGCAGUAGCACCAGUGGCGGCGGGAGCGGCAGUAGCAGCAGCAGCAGCAACGCAGCUGAGCAGCCGCAACAGGAUCCAACGCAAGGCGGUGAGGCCACGGCCUCGGCCUCGUCGGAUGCUACUGCCAACACCAGCAGCGGCAGCGGCAGUAGCAGCAGCCCCGCCCCCACAGGCAUCAUGGGGCCGGGGCAUCCCGACCUGCCGGAGAGGCUCGUGUCCCUGCUGCGCGUCGCGUCCGGGAGCAGCAGCAGCAGCAGCAGCAAUGGCAGUAGCAGCAGUAGCAGCAGUGGCAGUAGCAGCAACGGCAGUAGCAGCAAUGGCAGUAGCAGCCAGACGGGGCGGCCACUGCCGGCGCUUGCGACGGAGGUGGCGCGGCUGUGCGGCGCUCUGUGCUUCAGGUCCAACACCGCGGCUCAGCUGCGGCUGGCGCGGGCGGGGGUGCUUGAGGAGCUCGUGGCCCUGCUCCGGCUCAACUCUGUUCCGGCCGUGUGCGCCGCACUCAUGGCGGCCGCCAACCUGUGCGGCGGUUGCGCGCCCAACUGCCGCCGCCUGCUGCGACUGACCACGACAGACAUGGAGGCGGCGGCGGCGGCGGGCGCGGCGGGCGCGGCGGCGGGCGACGGCGGCGGCGGCGGCGGCAUCGCGCCCGAGCUGCAGCGGCUGCUGCGCGUGCGCGCUGAUGAGGUGGUGGCACGCGCCGCCUACCUCACAGCCGUCCUCGCCGCCGAUGGAGCCGACCCGGCCGCCCCGGCUACUGCCACUGCUGGUGCUGCUACUGCCACUGCUGCUACUGCCAAUGCCGCUACUGCUACUGCCACCACUGGCGCUACAGCCGCUGCCGCUGGUGGUGCAGCGGGAACGGCGCCGGCGGCGGCGCUGGCCGCUGCGGGCCUGGUGCCGCCGCUGGUGCGCUGCCUGCGCCACCCCUCGCCCGAGGUGGCGGCGCGGGCUGUAGCAGCCCUGGAGGCAUUAGUAAAGGGCCACAAGCCCAACGGCAUGGCUGUAGCAGCAGCCGGCGGCGUGCUGCAGCUGGCGGCGCUGAUGGAGGCGCACGGCAGUAGCACCGGCGGCGGCGGCGGCAGUAGCUCGGCUGUAGCAGGCGGCGCGGCUGCUACAGCCACGGCGGCGGCCGAGGGCAAGGGCGCCGCGGCGGCGGCUGUAGCAGCGGCGAGCAGCAGCAGCGGCAAGGGUGCGGGCGGUAAGGUGGCCCUCAAGGGCAGUCGGAACGCGCAGCUUCGCGCAAUGGAGGCGGCGGCGGCGCAGAAGACGCAGCUGGCGGCGGCGGCGGCGGCGGCGGGCGCCGAGGCUGGGCCGCAGGGAGGGGCGGCGGCGGCGGCGGCGCAGCAGCAGUCGGCGGCGGUGCAGGGUCUGCUGCGGAGGGCGGUGGACCUGUGGUGGGCGCUGGGCGGGCCGGCGGCGCUGGUGCGACUGCUGGGGCACAAGUCGCCCGCUGUGUCGGAGCGGGCCGCGGCGCUGGUGGCGGAGACGGCCGAGGCGGGCGACGCUGCAGCGCUGACGCGACUGGCACGCGCGGGCGUGGCUCCCCCCCUGCUCGCCGCCUGCCGCCACCGCCACCCGGCAGUAGCAGCCACAGCCCUGAGAGCCGUGGAGGCGCUGGCACGCGCACCACCCGUGGCAGCGCCGGGCGGUGCUGCUACUGCUACUGCUGGUGGUGCUGCUACUGCUGCGCCGACGGCGGCGGCGGCGGUGUUAGGAGGUGGCGGUGGCGGCAAGGCGCAGGGUGGCAAGGGCGGCAAGGGGGGUGCCGGCAAGGGUAAAGCGGCCGCGGGCGGCAAGGGCGCUGCUACUGCCACCGCCGUUUCUGCUGCUACUGCCGGAGGUGCUACUGCCGGAGGUGGCGGUGUGAGCCUGAAGGCUCAGCUGGUGGAUGCGGGCGCGCUGUCGGUGCUGCAGGCGCUGCAGGCCCACAAGCGCGCGGCGGUGGCUCGUCAGGCGGCCGCGGCGGCCGCAGCCAUGUUCGCAUGAGGAGUGGAUGCAGGAAUGGAGGAAUUGGAGGCGUCCGGGGGUUUAACUCUGCACCAAUCCCGUCAGGAAGCAGUCGCGCUGCAAGGAGGCGGUAGUGGAGGCGCGCCCGCACCAUUGCAUUACACAUGGCAUACACACACACACAGCGGACACAGGGCGACACGUGGGGUCUUGUUAGGAUGACGGCUGAUGGUGAUGUGCGGGUGGGGAGGUGGAUGGCAUGGUCCCCCCUUGCUUGCAAAGGGGAUGCAAGCCCUGCUGAGUAGCAGGAAUGCGGCGUUAGCCCCGCAAUCAAGUUUGCAGCACUUUGGCAGUGGCGCCUGAGUCCUUGGGUGCUGGCUGCUGCGCCCAUGCCUGCUGCUGGGGUGGCAUUGUGAUGUGUGGUGCGUGCGAUUCAUGCGAUACGGUAAUGCUGGCGAGUUAGGACGAAUGCGGGGAUAGGCGCAACGCACGCCGAGUGGUGGCGGAGAGCUGGCUGGGUCGUAGGCAUGGUAUAAGGCCAGGGUGGGACUACUGUGGUGAGUGGCAGGGGCGGUAGGUGCGGGCCGGUGCCGCCCCACAGCACACGGCGCCGGCAGGGCGCGGCUUGGGCAGCGGUCAGAGAGGAAGUGUGCAGCCUAGUGUGUGAUUGAUUACAUGUUGUGCCAACAAGUAAGUUGCAAUGCGCUUGCGGUUGGCGACCCACAUACCGUAAUGCCGCCUGCCGAGUACCGACUCAGCGCUCGCUCGCUUGUAUGUAUUUUGUUGAUGUUUGCGCUGAGGC